CAAGUUUAAUGCGUUAAAACCAAGAGUUCCCUGGAUUCUCGUGUAGAUUAAACCUUCGUUUUGAACAGGAGAAGUCUGGACACGGAGUCGAUGUGGAGAUGCAUCGUAAAUUAACUCUUAUUGAAUAACUCCACAUAAGAGCAACGGCAGCAGCCACUGAGGAGCCUUUACCAUGCAGGGAUACACAUGGAGUUCAAAUCAGCAUCCUUCGCAAAGGUACCAAGAUCGGCCUCCACCACGAUACCAAGAACGACUUCCACCUCAUUACCAAGAACGGUCUCCACCUCAGUACCAAGAACGACUUCCACCUCAGUACCAAGAACACUUCCCACCCAAUUACCAUGCUGUCAGAAAUGAUCAACCCAGUGCAUUCCAGGUACAGCUCAUCCCGCAAAUGCAAACCACAUUACAGACAAGAUAUUCCAAUGGUCAACAAGAGGCUGCAAAUCAGUGGAACGCUUGCUCAGGCAGUGCGGACUCUUCUACUUUUCAACCAAACUCAAAUGGAUAUGAUUGGUUGAAACAGACAAACCAGAUCCAUCCCCAGCACCGAUAUACAGCCAACCACACACAGCAGCACUACCCACCUGACAACCCCAACGCAUAUAGGCAUCAUCCCCAAUUCGUGCAAUGGCAUGAUUCCUCCCCACAGAACUACAGAAACACAGGCUAUAGUCAAGCUCCAAUGUAUUGGUCUCCACAGUCAGACCAUGGCAGCUCUGUGGGUAACAGCAGGGGUUGGAGUUCCCACAUUUCCAACAAUGGCAGCUCUUGUUCCAUGAAAAAUCAGCAACAAUUUCAAGCCCCUAAAAUGGCUGCUCAUCAUCACCAUCAACAACAACAACAAGAAGAGCUCUCUAGACAAUAUUCAGGCAAAACACGAAGAUGCCACACACAAUACUCUUCUCAGGCCUCCCAAAAAAUUCCUAACAAUCAAGCUCAGAGCAGAAUUGAGGCCAAUCGUACCUCGUGCAACUCUACGACACCACCUUCUGGAGCACAGAGCAAUGUUUCAUUGCCUUCCAAUAAUUUAAACCAAAGUCCUGUUGACCAGAAUCGGCCAGAACUUGGGUCAAAUGCAGGUCCAGAUGUAUCGGCGACCCAGCCUCAGAAUAAUCAAGAUGCUGGACAUCAGUCUCAGGGCACAAACAAUGGGACAUGCAAUGUUAAUCAGACCUCUCAAACGAUGCAGACCAGUAAAGCCCAGCUUCAGUCCCACUCUAAAACUGAUUUUAACAUGUCAUCUUAUGCUGACUCAAUAAUAUAUAGAUUACUGUGUUCAAAUGAUAAUGAACAAUCAGAUGAAAGAACUGCACAUCAGAACACUCGUCCAGAACCGUCUGAGAUUUGUGCAACCAGAAGGACUGACAAUCACUCAAAGGAACCAAGAGCACAGUGUACAGUUGAACCGCCCAGCAAAAGAAUGAAGUAUGCUGUGAUUCAGAGAGACUGUUGGAACAAAGUAACAAUAGUGUCCAAAGACAAAAUUGAUUUUGGGGUGCAAUAUGCCCAAACUGGUACCCAUCAGACAAGUAAUGAUGAGAACAGACGUAAAGGAACGAGCCAACACAACAUACAGUACAGUACGGACCCAGCAGACUGUCUUGAAGUGGUGUUUGCACUACAGAAAGCUGCUCAGCAAAUUCACAAGGCCAUAGCCAUCGUUCCACCCAUUUCCCAACAGAUCAUAAACGCUACACCGACAGCUGAUACCAGCCCCAAAAAAGCUGAAAGUCCACCGUUAAAGAUUGAUUGCGUUUGGUCACUUGUUGAAGAGUCUAAUGAACAAAAAACUGUAAAUGACAAGCUGUCUGAAUCCUCCUCACAAAUGGCUGAACAGGACAACAAAAGCCUUGAAAACAUGACUGAAAGCAACAUCGCAAACCCCGAUGCAUGCUCUGCUAGCCGGGUUGAAUGUCAAAAUGAUGUGCAGCAAAGUGACUGUGAUUCAAGUGAUCCUUCAUUUGACUUGUCCAGUGUGCCAGUGAUUGACCACACACUGGAGAAACUGAUGGACUUAGCAAAGUCUUUAGAGAUGACAGAGUUAUCGGCCGGAUAUCCUGAGUAUUCUGAGAGCGUUUUAGAAAGGAUCGUGAAACUCUACUGGAAUGGGAAAGCUUCCAAUAUGUUGGAGCCUUUGAAAUCAUUUGGCGAGGUGCUGCACUUAUCCAUAUUAUAUGCAAAGGAUUACGGGUCUGUGGUAUUUAAAGGCAUCGAAACUGAAAACCUGAAGAAGCUAGCUCAUUGCGACAUUCUCAAAAAAGAGAUGUAUUCAUCGUCAGAGGAGUUCAGGUCUUCUUGGUUAAAUGUCGAUGGCCAGCCAGCUGAUAUUGAAAAGGUGCUUUCAGAGCCACAGUUGGAUGAUGCAACUGUGUUCAAGGCAACACCACAGACUUUUUCAGAUAACACUGUUGUCGCUUCAGCCAGUUUAGGUGUGAAUUCCCUCACAGACAUGCCUGAGGUUUCAUCCGAGGAGAAAAGUGUGAAUCCACACACGAGCAGUCCAACAGAUCUUUUCAUACAAAAGGCAGGAAAUUACAGUGAGGAAGUGACUGCGGAAAACCAUGGGCUUUCAUAUGUAGUGCUCAGAAAAGAAAGUGAGAAAGAGACAUUCAAGAAACAAGAGGACAUCAAUCAAAACCAAAAUUUUAAUACAGAACCCUCAGACAUCUCACCUUUAGCUGAAAGGUCUACAGAGAAACCUGCAGACCUCGGCAAUGCAAAAGAAGUAUUCAGACAAGAUCACGAACAAACACGUGAUAAUGUAUCAGAUUCACCGUCUCUGAGCCUUGGAGACAGUGUUUCAGAUGGUGUUAAAAACUCUGAGGUGUCUUUCUCUACAGAGACUCGUUGUACCUCCAUGGAUACAUGGCAGGUGGAAGAUGUUUCUGAUGAUAAAAAUCCAGUCAGUAAAGAAGCUCUGAAUAACUCCUCAGAAACCUGGCUGGUAGAAGAAAUUUCUGAUGAUGAAAAUCCAGGCGAUAAGGAGGCUCUUAAGAACACCUCAGACACCUGGCUGGUAGAUGAUAUUUCUGAUGAUGAAAAUUCUGGAAAUAAUGAGGUUCUUCUUAAUUCCUCAAACAUCUGGCAGGUGGGAGACAUCUCUGAUAAUGAGAAUCCAGGCAACAUGGACACUCCAAGCAACUCCUCAGACAUAUGUGCGGGGGAAGAUGUUUCUGCUGAUGAAAAUUCAAGCGAUGAUUCCUUGUUUAUGGGAAUCACGAUGCUAUCAUCAGAAGAUGCUAAAACAUUUUUCCAACAGUUCGAAAAGGAACCUGAAUGUAACAUCAAAACCAAAUCUCAAUCCAACUUUGAGCACCUAGAUCUUGUAGCGUGCUUUGAUGCUCACAGUCAGCCUAACCAUAAGCACAUCAAAGCAUAUACUUGCUUUCGCUGUGAUGCAGAAAAUGCAAAAUCAAGUUCCACUAAUGGGACAAAGACAGACAGUGAUGCUGAUCUUUUUUGCCCAGAGUGUUGGGAACAGGCACCACUUUUUGAGCUAGAAGAGGAGCCAUAUGCUGCUAAACCCAAAAAAUUGGGUCAAAAUUAUAGUCUGCCCUGUCUUAAGUUGGAAGUUAAUGAGCCAAAUUUGGCUUCAACAAAGGAAUGCAUUGUGUAUGAAGGACUGAAAGGACAAAAAAGUGAUUGUCUGGUAAAAUCUAAAUCGGAAGAAAAUUGUAGUCCACCAUCCCUUAAAACAGAAGUCAAGGAGUCAACUGUUGCAUUAAAUGAUGAAUGCAUUGCGUAUGAGGGACUGGCAGGACAAAAGAGUGCCUUUUUGGUACAAUCAGAACAGGGACAGAAUUGUAGUCCGCCACCUGUUGAACUAAAAGACAAGAAGACAAAUGUUGCUCUACCGGAGACAUGCAUUGCAGAAGAAGGACUGGCAGGACAAAAAAGAGACUGUAUGGUAAAAUCAGAACUGGUAGAAAACUGUAGUCAACCAUCUCAUAAACUAGAGCCAACUGUUGCUUCAACCAAACAAUGCAUUGCAGGACAAGGACAAAAAAGUGACAGUAUGAUACAAUCAGAACUGAGACAAAAUUGUAGUCCGCCAUCUUUUGAACUGCAAGUCGAGAUGCCAAAAGUUUCUUCUCCAGAAGAAUGCAUUGCAGAUGAAGGACUGAGAAGCCCAAAGAGAAACAGUAUGGCAAAAUCAGAAAUGGGACAAAAUCGUAGUUCACCAUCUCUUGAACUGAAAGUCAAGGAGCCAGAUUUUGUUUUACCAAAGACAUGCAUUGCAGAUGAAGGACAGAUAGUUAAAAAAAGUGGCUGUAUGGGAGAAUCAGAACUAGGACAAAAUCGUAGCCCACAAUGUCUUAAACUAGAAGUCAAGGAGCCAACUGUUGCUUCAGCAGAGGACUGCAUUGCAGAUAAAGGACUGACAGGACCAAAAAGUGACAGUAUGGUAAAAUCCGUGACUAAGACAGUGUCUGAAAUUCAGGGGUCAGCUGAGAGGGAGAUAACCAAGAUUCAACCGAAUAAGCAGAAAAAUGAAAAAACUAAGAAAAUUAGAGUACCCAAGUCCCAAUCUCUCAAGCAAUGCAGAAAACCAUUUCCAAAGAAAACUGCGUUUUCCAAGCAUAAGCUAAAAUCUGGUAACAUUAGUACUGGUUCUGAUGAUUCUGUGCUUUUCGCUCCAGAUAUUGUGGUUAAAAUAAACUGGCCACAAAAGAAAAAACUACCUUGUGCAAACAAACGCCGUAGUGGCGAGAGUCAGAACUGCAGUAAGGUGAAAAAAUUCAAAGAACACAGACAAGAAAGACAAGAUAAUCCUGACAGAACCUCAACGAUCCAUAGAGAAAACCUACAGAAAGUGACAGAGAAAGUGUCUGAUCAAUCAAAUGACACACCAUCCCAGGAGUCAGAAAAUAAACCGGAGCUGCAUGGUAUUCUGUCAGUGAAUAAAAUAAAAAGAACCGAGCCAAAGAAAGUGAGAUUUGACUUAUAUGGGUCCAAAACAGAAAAACAGUACUAUGCCCCAGAAUGGUGUUUUUCAGCUCCUGCUACAUUAACGGUCUCUGAUUGCAAAGACAAUACCGAUAUGCUUUCUGCUAAACAAAAAGUUCUCAACCAGUGGAGUAGCACCUUUAUACCUAAAACAAAGAAGACUUGUCAUCCCAGGUCACCACAGGAAAAAAAACCACAGAAACCUCAGGACCUCUUAAAGUCAAAUAUGAGUGCAUUAAAAAGCCAUUUGACUCACAGAGCCAAGCUAUUAUCUAGUAGUGACAGAGAGAGUCACUUUAGAAAACACAUUUUUCAUCAAAAGCUUAGGAAAACACUAAGCGGCUAACCUGUGUCGAAGUUGCUUAAUUGUUGCUUUUAUUGUUUACUUAAAUAUGUUUACACAUAAUAGCUGUAGCUGUAAUGUGUGAUGACAGAUUUCUGUUGAUGACUGAAAACAUCAUGAAUGUUUUUUUUUAUUAUUAUUAUU